CCAAGGGAGUCACACACCUUGAUAGGAGACCAGAGCCUCUGGGAUGGGUUAGCUCUCUGAGAAAGCUAAGGAGCUGGAGCACCAGGACGAGCCUUUCUCGGUACAGAGUCCUGGCUAGACCGUAAGCACAGAGCACCCGUGGUCACAGAGAAACAAGGUGUCCAUUACCACAUGGUGUCCCCCUACUCUGUUAGUGCACCAGCCUGGGUCUAUGCUCUCUCUAUCAGAGGGAUACUCCCUUGAAGCCCAGAGGAGACUACAGUCAGAAGAAGCCAUACUUUGUGAAUUUCUUCACCAAACCCUCUGCAAAUGAAUAAAUGUGGAUCCAGUUGUCCGCCACACUGCCUGAUCUGAAGACAAAGGAGAUAUAUGUCAAGCCAGGACCAUGGUAUCGGAGGCUCCCACCUUUAAAAGUGGGAGGAAGCAACAGGAGCAGGAGCAGAAAAAGUGCCGAACAAGGCAUGGAGGGACUGUGGCUCAUCAUGUUGACUGUCCCUGGGACUUUGCUAGCUCCUGGGAUGCUGUGGAAGGUCACACGGAAUCUUUCUCUACCACCUCUGCCUGAACUUAGGGCCUCUUCACAGCAUCAGUGGGCAUGGACUUCCUUGGCGGAGGCCCAGAGCUUGAGGAGACAGUGUCUGCAGUGCGGAGCUUCAGACCGUGGGGCCCUUUAUGACAUCACACCACCAGGCAUGGUGUCAUUUAUGCUGUUCUCUGGCCGGAGCUUCACCAGGUUGUCCAGUUUCAGAGAGGAGUGUGGGUGGGCUCCCCAGUGCCUUCACCCUUCUUCAUCAAAGAACCUGGAAUGGCAGAGGGGGAGGCGGUGUGGAGAGAUGGUGCCACACAACUGCAUUCAAAAGGAAUCCAGGCCACUCAGACACUCCUACAUACACCAGCCACACCAGAUGCUGACCUGAAUUACCAUCUUUCCAAAGUCCCAAAGAAGUAGGACCGCCUGAUCUUUGACAGGAGUCUUCAGAACUGUGAGCCAAACCCUGGACCAAGCAGACGAUGAAGCCCCUCUUCUAUUGAGUGCUAUUGGCAGCUGUGGGCUUCUAGGGAGGCAUGCUUUCAUGAGGAGAGCUGCUCACACUCAGGGGGCUGGCCCUACACCCAUUCACAUGCCUGCAGCUCUAAUUAGACUCAAUGGGUUAUAAAGGGAAAAAAAUCUUAAUUACGGUUUGAAAAUUUUAUAUUUAGUUUUAGUAAUCAAUUUUUUAAAAAAAACUGUGAUUCAAAUCACUAUAAUUAUGUAAGUUAUGUUUUACUUUUAUGUAUAUUACUUGUUUACAGCAGAACAAAUAUGUUCUUAAAAAAAUAAACCCAUCUUUUAAAAAA